UAGAUCCGAAAACUGCAACCGAAACAAAGCAUCUCAUAUGUUCAAAUCAAAUCAAAACAAAGAGAAUGGGUUAUGUUUUUCUUCACUUUUAAAUGUGGUGUCUAAAGUAAUUUCAUUUUAUCCAAUUAAUCAAAUAACACAAAUGAGUCGAACAGCAGUAAAGAAUUUAUAUCCUCAAGUUUCCUUCCUAACAUAUACUGGUACUGCAAAUAAUCAUGUUGCUCAAAUGAGACUUAGGUGUAGAACUAAAGAUGAAUUCAAACAGUGGCUUAAAGAGUAUAUGGAAACAUCAGAAAUUAUUUUUCGUGUUCAGACAACAUUCCCAUGUACAGGACGGAAAGCAAUUUACAAGGCGAUCUAUCGCUGUCAGCAUAAUACUUAUCCCAAUAGUCAUAAAGCAAGAAGUAAGGCAUCUGCAAAACACACGGAUUGUCAGGCCAAACUAAAAGUGACAAUAUUGAGUACUCCUGAAGAUCGUCCGUAUUUUCGUUCGAACAACAACCUUCGUUUUGAGUAUCCUACAAUCGUUGAAGUACGACAUAAUCAUAACCAUCAGAUUGGAAUAGAAGGAAAAAAGUAUAAAGAUGUUAGUGAUGACUGCAAGGAAAAGUUUUUGAAUUUAUUUAGAAAUAAUCUUGGACCAACCGAGGCUUUAGAAUUUCACAAACAAGAUCUGAUGAUUGAAUAUGGGGAUGCCUAUCAUAAAGUUGUAGCUGAUCGAUCUAUUUGUCCUGAUAAGCGGUGGGUCUACCGCUUUUAUUACGCAUUUUCCAAAAAUAAAUUUGAUGAAAUUAAGUCGACUCAGGAUGAUGUAGAUUUUGAUUUGGUAGACGAUUUGGUAACAAAAUUGUCAGAUCGUCUUAAAGAAGGUAUGGAAAAAAAUCCUGAGGAUUUCAGUAACGCAAUCACUGUUAUGUACACACAGUUAAUGUCCAUGAAUACUGAAUCUGCAUUGGUAUCGGCAUUGUACCGUUUUGGAAAAUUAAAUGUACCGCAGAAACAAUCUAGAAUAACACCGGCGCAAGGAGCAUGUAUUACUAGAAAAUAUGAUUUAUCACAAGUUCCACAAAAAAGGCCUUGUAGUUCCACUUCUAAUGAAUCUGAAUACUCGUUUCCAAUAAAGAAAGAAGAAAAUUUUGAAGGUAAAUUCCAACCGUAUCAGAUUCCAUUCGAUUUAGAAGACUGUAUUCUUCUUGAAGUUUUUUCAGAAGAUUGAUAUGUAUAACUUGUUAUAAUGGCACUUUUUCUUUUUAAGUUAAGUUAACUGAAAAAUGUAUUUGAA